CCCUUCAGGUGCGCCUACAGACUCAACCAAAACCCAAACCUGGAGAGAGCCUUCUGUAUGCUGGAACCAUCGACUGUUUUAAAAAGACCUUGGCCAAAGAGGGUGUAAAAGGACUGUAUAGAGGGAUGGCGGCCCCAAUAAUAGGAGUUACGCCCAUGUUUGCUGUCUGUUUCUUUGGAUUUGGACUCGGCAAGAAGCUACAGCAGAAGACACCUGAUGAUAUCCUUACGUAUCCACAGCUGUUUGCUGCUGGGAUGUUAUCAGGCAUUUUCACCACAGCUAUCAUGGCUCCUGGAGAGCGCAUCAAAUGUCUCCUACAGAUUCAGGCCUCAACUGGAGAGGUGAAGUAUGCAGGGCCGAUGGACUGCGUGAAACAGCUGUACAGAGAGGCUGGGAUCAGAGGAGUCUACAAAGGAACAGCUUUGACUCUCAUGAGAGAUGUUCCAGCGAGUGGAAUGUACUUCAUGUCUUAUGAGUGGCUGAAGAACCUCCUCACACCAGCAGGAAAAAGCCCCAGCGAGCUCAGCAUUCCCAGCGUGCUGUUUGCUGGAGGAAUGGCCGGCAUCUUCAACUGGGCCGUUGCAAUCCCACCCGACGUUCUCAAGUCCCGCUUCCAAACAGCUCCUGAAGGAAAGUAUCCCAACGGUUUUCGAGACGUUCUGCGGGAGCUGAUCCGGGAGGAGGGCAUCACCUCUCUGUACAAAGGCUUCAACGCCGUCAUGCUUAGAGCUUUUCCUGCGAAUGCGGCCUGCUUCUUAGGAUUUGAACUGGCCAUGAAGUUUCUGAACUGGUUAGCUCCGAACCUGUGACAUAGCCUCGAAGCAGUGCCGUCUGGAGAAUACCAGGAAUAAUAGCUCCUUUAUACAGGGAGAAUCAUGUGAAAUGAAGAGAUUUUUAUCAGUUUUCCACAAAUAUACUUGAUUGUUUUUGUUGGAACAGUAGAGGGGUGGUGCAGCGCUGCUGAGAGCUCAGAGAUGCUGGGGGGGAUUCUGUAACGAUGCCACCUCACACACAAACACAAAGACAGUCCGAAUGUUCUCGCUCCUUAUAGACUUUAUUCUUUUAUUUUUGGAGUUUGUUUUUUUUUUUACUAGAAAAGGAGUGAAACGAACAUGUGGUGCCUUACCUUUUAACUGCUAACAGAGGAACAUUUCAGGUGCAUUUUAAGUCUUUGUGAGCAGCCGGCUCCUUCAAACUGUCCUCCUGGAAACGUCUCUCUCACUCAGUGAAAACCUCACACCGUCUGUCUAAUUUGUAAAUGUUAAGGCAACGUGAAUGAUUUAAUGAUGUUAUGUAAAUGUCAGCAUGAAAAUUUAAAACCGAUUCAUC